CACACUUCGAACAAAGCCGUCUUUAAAACUUUUUAGCCGGUGUACGAUUGCCGUCUGAAAGGGGCUUGAGCUUUGCCCUGUCUGUCAGAAUAUUGUCAGUUGUCAGAUUUGAAAUUUGCAUAAUCAAUAUGUCACUAGUCACUACAUGAAAAAACUUUAUUUGAUUGUUGCCUGAAAUUGAAACAAAAUAUGAUAUUAACGGCUCUGAAUUUAUCGAAAAUAUGCAGAAUAUGUUUAGAGGAAAGAGAAAAAAUGUAUUGCAUAUAUAGCGAUAUUCCUAGUGAUAUCCCAUCUGAAAAAAAUCCUAAAAUAUUCGAAGUGCUGCUCAAGAUCUCGUCCAUAAAGGUAGAACCAUGUGACGGGUUUCCUUCAAUGAUUUGUUCCUCAUGUUUGGAAAAAACCAAUAUUUCAUACUCAUUCCAAAGGCAAUGUAAUGCCUCGCAAUGCUUGUUAGAGACAUAUACAGAGCAUAUGAGUAGCCCUAAACACAAUGUCUUUUCCCGAUAUAAGACUCUCGGCAGUACUACUGCAGGAUGUAGUAACACAGCCAGUGAAUUGAAUUUUGUAGAUAAAAAUUCCAAUUCAACUUCUACAGAAACUGCACCUGAAAGCUCGAGCACAUUGGCAGAAAAUAACGAAAUUGAGGCUCUUAAGAGCUAUCUGCCAUUUAGUGAUGACACUGUAGAUCAGUUCAUAAAAGAGAAUUUCCUUGAAAAUGUGGAUAUCACAUUGAAACUCAAAUCUUUUAAUAAAGACCUGUUCAAUAAAAAUAAGAUGGGUGAUAGUCAGACAAAAACUAAAGAAUAUGCUGAGCAAAGUGAACAGCAUAUGGGGAAGGGGGAGGAUAAUGAGCAACAGGGAAAAGAGGGUUCAGGAGAUGGAGACGAAAGUACAAUGGUGUUGCAGAGAACUAUGAGAGAUGUUCCAAAUAUGGAUUAUUACAAGAAAUAUAAUGAUAAUGACACCAGUUAUGUAUAUGAAUGCAACAUAUGCCUCAAGACUUUCCACUUUUCAAGCAAUUUACGCAUCCAUCUUAAUGAACAUAUUGAGGAUAAACCUUUCAUGUGUAGCUACUGCAAGAAAGGCUUCAAAAUAUAUAGUUCUCUCGUUCACCAUUCAAAAAGCCAUUCAGCAGAGCAUCCCUUUGAGUGCACAGAUUGUGGAAAAAAGUACAAACAAUCGCCGAAUCUUACCGCACAUUUGAGAGCCCAUACAGGUGAUAGGUGUUCCUAGGUUCAAAGCCAUAUACAUGUGCCACAUGUGGGAAAGGUUUCAAGCAACCACAAGACCUAGCGUACCAUGUAAAAAUACAUACAAAAGAAAAGAAACAUGUUUGCAAUACAUGCGGCAAGACCAUGUCAAUGUACUGCCACUUGGUGCAGCAUAUGAGAUGCCAUGUUGGGGAUAAGGUAUUUAAGUGUGUUGAUUGUGAAAAAGAUUUCUCUACUAUCCCGCUAACGAGUAAAGCCACCGCAACCAGUGGUGACGUGAAACCAUUUAAAUGCGACCAGUGCGGCAAAUCGUUCAACAGAAGCAGUAGUCUCAGGGUGCAUUCGAAAACGCACUCUGACGAACGUAAACAUACCUGUCGUAAGUGCGGCAAAGGUUUCACGUGGAUGCACUCCCUGAGAGCCCAUCUCGUCGUGCACGAAAAAGAAGAGUUGAAGGAGGUGAAUAAGGAGUCAGAAUUAGUCCCUCCACCACCUCUAUUCGAGGACACCCAAUCAGUUCCUGAACCAUCUCAGAGCACGUCAGAGCCUGACUCUUCCGACAUGGAAAUGAGUGCUAAAGAGCUGGAAACAGAGUCUCUGACGAUUUACUCCGCAAGCGACCCUGACGACUUCCAAAUCUACUCUGUGGCCUCCAGCGAAGAAAAAAUGGAUACAUUGACUCUGUUUCCUGCAGAGCCUAGUGCUGAAGAGGAACUGGCGAAUCUCAAAAAGGUGCUGCAGAUGUCGAGAGAUAUGGAUAGACCUUAAGGUUUUUGUUUUAAUCAAGACAUUCUUUAAACCCACUUUCUUCGAUAAUGUUAGCAGAUUUACAUGGUAAAGUAGUUUUCCAAAGUACCUGAGAGAUCAUACGGUUGAUGCUGUAAAAUCUUUAGCUUUUCUUUAAUCUGUAGACCUACAAAACAUGUAAACUUUUUUGUAGUGCUCUUUCUUUUGGAGUACAUUUUUGUGACCUGUUUGAUAGCUUAGAGGACAGAUGACAAUGGCAUGAGAUUACUCGUUAGCCAAAGUUGUUCACCCUCCAAGGACUCCUAAAUAUUCAUAUUGAUCCAAUCUAUUACAUUUUAAUUUUCCAAUCGGAAUGCUAUUUUGUUCUCUCGGAAAAUGAUGUACGUUCUAUAGAAAGAUUUAUGAGUACCUAAUUUGUGAUAUCUGGCUCUGCACCAGAACUGCACUUUUAGCAGAUCAGUAGAUAGUACAGAAUGAGAAUUAUUAGCUUAGUAUGCACUAGAAAACUUCUAUGUAGUUCUCCGAGAUUUUUCAUUAGCUGUACUGAAUAUUGAGGCAAUCGGUCUUUUAAGACGCACAAAAACUAGGAACUGAUUGAAAAACUGUUUGCAUCAAAUUGUAGUCUUAGAUAUAUUACAUUUAGGCUGUGCCUUUUUCGAUAUAUUUUGAAGAAAAGCGUAUUUUCGAAGGACUAUGAGUAAAUAAUAUAUGAAACUAUUAUUCUUUCUUAAAAUAAUAGAACAUAUUGUUUUGUAGUUUCUCAACAAAAACAAACUCGGUAAAAGCACAUGUGUUGUUCAACAGAUUACUAGACACUACGUAGAAGACGGCUAGAUAGACCACGGUCAGAACUACCUAUUGCAAUUCAUUGGUCCAGAUUUCAGGACAUUUAUCGUACGAUCAAAUCAAGAUUCAUCAAGGAUGAUUCAAAGAUACAAGAAGUAGUGAGGUGAAAGUAAUUCAUAAAUACAAGAGUCAUAAAAGUAGCAGCCAAGCAUGUAGUCUAAUAAUAGAACUGUCUAAUAAUGAAAAUUAAUAUUUGCUGGAUAAGAAAUAGUCAGUAUUUAUUUGGGAUUGAAGAUAGAUUUUACAAUUUUUUUAGUGUUGUAUUCGAUGUUACAAAUGUCGUUGACUUGCUGAGAUGUGCAAUUAUGUUGUAGUAUGUCUAUACUGCAGCCAAAUCUCAUGAAGUAAGCAUAUAAGGCUGAAAAGUAUACCUGCAGUAAUUAUAAUAUGCAUACGAAGUAUCGAAAAUCCCAAAUAUUUUAUAUAACAAUGUGUAUUUGACAAAAACUACCCCAGCUAUUCAGAUCAUAUCCAAACAGUCAAAGAAUGAACCUUUUAUAAAUAAUAGCAAUUAGAUGAAAAUAAUAGUUGUAAAAGGAAUGCUACAUAUACUUCCACAGCUCGAGUUUCAAACCAAGACAUUAGAAGAAUCUAAUUUUGACGAAAGAUUAAGGAAUUAAAGACUAUAUUUUUGUUAUGAUCAUCUUAAUGUAAUACUGAAGGUUACAGAUGAAUAAAUAUCCACUCUUUUCUAUUCUAUUUGACACUAUUUUUGCUAUCAAAAUCUUGUUAAUUGAUGAUUCAAAAAUAUCUUGUUAGAUUUAUCUCUUAAAGUUACUUUCAAGUAAUUCUUAGCAUUUUUGAUUAUAGGUUAUAUUAUUUGUUGAAACAUAAGAUUUACGUUUGCUUAUUCGAAGGGAGUGACUUAUGACUCGUAAGUGAUAAAUAAUUAUGCAUCUUAUACUGCACGUUAGUUAUAAACACGUUCUAUGAACAGCAGUAUUAUUGGAUAGUAUAGUAUAGUUGUGUGUUAACAUAAUUUGUGUCAUAGCUGUAGCAGUAGUAUAUCCGACGUACUAUACUUAAGAUGAAGGUUUUUUGGCAAGACUUGUUAUUUUAUUCUGUAAGCUAUAGAAAACCAACUGAUACGAAUUCUCAUGAUAUCGAUAGGAUUUUCUUUGAUAUGCAUUUUGUAACAUUAUUAAAUAGAAUAUCCCCCAUAUUCAUGUGAUAUAUCGUUUUCUUGC